CUCCCCACUCUUUGCACAUCUGACCAUGUCUCUCUCCCUCAAGAACCUCGUCCAGAGCUCCAAGUUCCUCACCGGAAUUCUUGCCCCCGUCUCCAAGGUGUAUGCUGGUGCUGCUGGCUAUCAGAAAAUCGGUCUCCGUUAUGAUGACUUGAUUGCCGAGGAAAGCGAUCUUGUACAGGAGGCCCUCCGUCGUCUUGAGAUUGCCGACCCCAAGGCUGCUUACGACCGCGCUUACCGUAUCCGUGUUGCCCAGCAGCUGUCUCUCUCCCACGCUCUCCUCCCCAAGGAUGAGUGGGUUACCAACCAGCAGGACAAGAGAUACCUCCAGCCUUUCAUUGAUGAGGUUGCCUCCGAGUACGCCGAACGUGAGGCCUUUGACAAUGUCAAGGUGGCUGCUCGCAAGUAAAGAAAGAAAUAUAUAUGUAUAUAUAUAUAAAAAAGGAAAAAGAGGGUAAAAAAGGGAUAUAUUUAUAUACACUUUAAAAUAUUCAUAUAAUUAAAUAACUUCUUUGAAUUUAUACAAAAAAGAAAAAGGAAAAUACAUAAACUGUUCUUUACAUAAUCUCUUAUUUC